GCUGCUCGGGUCGGUUACCGGGGGCACAGAUCCGCCCUGGGAGCGAUUUCCCGUCGCUCCGUGCCCCUGGCCAUAGGCGCUAGGAGCGUGGCCUUGUGAGUGCAGCCCGGGGGCGAUGCAGUGCCCUAAAGGAACGGGAGACAGACCUCAUGCAACGAGGCUGCGGGAAGGGAACGUCGGAACCGGGAGGGAGAAGGCGGCUCCGGCUUUGAAAUGGAGAAGUGGCCACUUCUAACCAUGGAAAAAAGGGGAAGUUGGGUUUUUCCACCUUUUUGUUUAAUUCGUUUUUUCAAAAUUUUCUGCGAUAGGCACCAAUGCCCGAGUUCUGAACAAGGGCGCCAUGGGGGACUACCGCAUCCGGGCGUACCGGGACGAGGACUACGAGGCGGCGCGCGAGGUGUUUGCCACCAGCAUGAGCGAGCACGUCCCUGCCCUGUGUGUGCACGUGCUCAAGCAGCCCUGGGUGCUCCUGGUCCUGGCCUGCACCUUCUGCCUCCUGCUCACCAGCUCCAAGUCCCUGCUGCUGCCCAUCCUGGCCCUCACGCUGCUGCUGGCCACGGGGGGGCAGCUGCUGGGCCGUGCCUGGGCCAUGUACAUUGAGCACUGCUUGCAGGGGGACCUGCUGGACAUCCGCGCCACCUACCUGGGCAGCAGGGGCUCCUGCUUCUGGGUGGCAGAGGCGGACGAGUGCGUGGUGGGCACGGUGGCUGCCCGGCCCGCUGGCGCGCAGCAG